CCGCCCCAGGCCGCGGCUGCUCUGCGCAUGCCCACCGGCUGAGCGCUUCCGAGGCGUCUCCAUCCGAAAGCAAACUUUUGCCUGCGGGAUGUCCGGACCUAGUCGGUCCCCGGAGCCGGCCAGACACAGUUUGAUGGAUGAAGCUAAGGCUCGCUUAAAAAAGCAUGAUGUUGGGACCAAAUAUUCUCACUUGUCGUCUAACAAAUUUUCUGUCCUUUUACCAUUGUUGGUAAAAGAAGGAAAACUCUACCUGUUGUUCACCCUCCGGUCAGAGAAGCUAAGAAGGUCACCUGGAGAAGUUUGUUUCCCCGGAGGCAAGUGUGAACCUACAGAUGUGGAUGAUGUGGCCACAGCUCUCCGGGAAGCCCAGGAAGAAGUAGGGCUACAUCCUCAUCAGGUGGAGGUUGUCUGCUGCCUGGUGCCGUAUCUGUUUGACAGAGAUACAUUGAUAACCCCGGUUGUAGGAUUUAUAGACCACAACUUCCAGGCCCAGCCUAAUCCCGAUGAAGUUAAGAGCGUGUUUUUGGUGCCUCUAGAAUAUUUCCUACAUCCGCAUGUCUACCACCAGAGCUACCUGACACAUAGUGAUCAUCAUGUUGUUAUUCAUUGCUUUGAGUACACAAACCCUGAAGAUGGUGUCACUUACCAAGUCAAGGGAGUAACUGCAAAACUAGCCCUGUUCCUUGCCUUAAUUAUUUUGGGGAGAAAACCCAUCUUUGAAAUGGAGUUUAAUCUCAAUGACCUAAUUUCAUCCUCUGAAGAGAAUUUCCUGAAACUUCAUAAACAUGCUACAAGCAAGUUGUGAUUUGUGAGACCACCACCCAAAUAACUAAGAGGAUUUUGUGGGUGCUGAUCCAGAAGAACAACAACAAUGCAAGCUAUUGGAAUUUGACAGGUGCAGCUCUUUUUCCUGCAAUAUGAAGACCAAAAACCUUGACUUUUUCCCUACUUGCCUUGUAUUAGCUGAAAGAGCAAAAAGUCUUUCAAAAGUGGAAAAAUGUGUUCAAAGUGUUGCAUCAUUUCACCCACAACAUGUCAGUAUUUGUUCUACACAUGUAAGGAAAGGUAUCUGGCACAAAGUAGGCACUUAAUAAAUAUUUGCUGAGAAUAAAAUUAAAAUAAAUAAAUAAAUAAAUAAAUAAAUAUUUGCUGAAUAUAUGAA